AUGGCAUAUGAUUCGUCUAGUUCAAAUGAUUCGUCUUCGUCUAGUGAUGAAGAUUUUAUAAUUGAUGUAUUGCAGGCAGUUCUAGGAGACCAUAUAUGUGUACAUAAGUCAACAGUUUGUCGUAUUGUUAAAAAAGUGUCUAGAUGUAUUGCGACCCUCAAACCACAAUACAUUCAAAUGCCUAGAACAGAACUAGAGAGAGAAUCAGUGUAUGAAGGUUUCAAUCAAUUGCGUCAAUUUCCCAAUGUUAUUGGUGCAAUUGAUUGUACUCAUAUAAAAAUACAGUCUCCCAAUAGUAAUAUUGGAGAAAGGUUUAGAAACAGAAAAGGAUAUUUUUCCAUAAAUGUUCAAGCUGUUUGUAAAAGUAAUUUACAAUUUACAAAUAUUGUGGCUCGCUACCAUAUUGACAAUUCACUAUUGAGAGCACAAUUUGAAAAUCAUGAAUUUGGAGAUGCUUUACUUCUAGGAGAUGGAGGUUACGCAUGUAGAAACUAUUUGAUGACCCCUCUUGCUAAUCCAAUUACCGAAGCAGAAAAACGUUAUCAGAAAGCCCAAAUCGGUACCAGAAAUGUUAUAGAACGAACAUUUGGUGUGUGGAAAAGGCGGUUCCCAGUAUUAUCUGUUGGUAUUCGGACACAAAUACCAACUACUUUGCUCACAAUCAUCGCCACAGCAGUGUUACAUAAUAUUUUGAUUAAAGCUAAUGAUCCCUUACCUAUAGAUGAUACUCUCCUAAAUGAAAAUUUGCUUCGACAAGUUCCAGUUUACCCUGUACAACAAACUGGAAAUAUAGUACGUCGAACAUUAAUUGAGACUGUAUUUAAUUAAAUUUGUUUUACAAUUAUUAUUUUUAUAAAA